AUGAAUCGAUCAUUGCUCCGUGCGGCUUCACGUCACCUCCAGUCGGCAAGCCAUGUGCACAAGGCGCCCACAGCUUCAUUCAAUGCGCCCAUGCGCGGCUUCGCGACCACCUUCAACUGGGAAGAUCCUCUGGCUGCAUCAGAGCUAUAUACGGAGGAGGAAUUGGCGAUCCAAGACACGGCGCGACAGUAUUGCCAAGAGCGCUUGUUACCCCGAGUUCUCGAUGCUUAUCGAAACGAGAACUAUGAUCGCAAAAUACUGGAAGAAAUGGGCGAACUGGGCCUUCUUGGCGCCAGCAUUGAGGGUUAUGGUUGUGCAGGCGCCAGCACUGUUGCGUCGGGCCUGAUCACUAAGGAGGUUGAACGCGUGGAUUCCGGAUACCGAUCAGGGAUGCUAGCCAAGGGAAAGAUUGCCGGUUGUUUUGGUCUCACAGAACCUAAUCAUGGCUCGGACCCUGGUUCUAUGGAAACAAUUGCACGAGAGCAUCCUACUAAGAAGGGCUAUUACUCGCUCUCUGGCACGAAGACUUGGAUUACUAACUCCCCCAUCUCCGAUAUCAUGAUAGUGUGGGCCAAGCUGGAGAGCACAGGUAAGAUCCGCGGGUUUGUGGUAGAACGUGAUCAAUGCCCCCCGGGCACCUUGGAGACCCCGGCUAUCAAGAAUAAGACCGCCUUACGGGCGUCUAUCACCGGUAUGAUUCAGAUGGACGAUUGCCCGGUUCCAAAGGAGAAUAUGUUUCCCGAUGUUGAAGGCCUCACUGGGCCUUUCACCUGUCUGAACAGUGCCCGGCUAGGAAUUGCCUUUGGAGCCAUGGGGGCUCUUGAAGACUGCCUUAGCCGUGCUCGGACCUAUACCCUGGAGCGGAAGCAGUUCAAGGGCAACCCUCUGGCGAAGUAUCAGUUAAUCCAGAAGAAGUUGGCGGAUGCUGCCACGGAUGCUGCUUACGGAACGCUGGCAGCGACCCAGGUUGCUAGACUCAAGGACGAAGGCAAAUCUACCCCUGAAAUGAUCUCCAUGAUUAAAAGACAAAACUGUGACCGGGCCCUGGCCAACUCUCGGAUACUUCAGGAAGUUUUCGGCGGAAAUGCGACCAGCGACGAAUACCAUAUCGCCCGGCAUGUAGCCAACCUGUUUGUGGUGCAAACAUAUGAGGGACAGAGCGACAUUCACAGUGAGUAUUAUACCGAGUUAGAAAUCGCCGUCCCUUCCGGCAUACGGGGCCCGGUGCUAAUGAUUGGUGUAGCAUUGAUUCUGGGGCGCGCCAUCACUGGAGUCCAGGCGUUUGUUUAG